AUCUAUGAAAUCAAUUCAUUCUGUUCACACCAAGCCUGCUGUAGGAGGAGGAAGAGCGCAGCUCCACGGAAUGUGUUGACGCGCCAGAAUCCCCACUUUUGCCUUUUCUCGUCGAUUCGCGGCGUCUUUGUUGCUUCCAUCGCCGCAGCGCAGACUCAACAGUCCCUGUUGGCCGUAUUUACAUUCGCUUUUGUCUUCUCUCGCGUCUCCGUGAGCUGUUGGUGAUCUAAGAUGAAGGCUGUUUCUCCAGUCCGCCCCCAGGACCCCUCCUCCAGCAGCAGCCAGCUCUCGCUGCACUAUCUGUCAAAGCAGAGCCUGAACAUCGCCCGGUGCAGGAUGGAGGAGGAGGACCUGUUCUGCCUGCAGUACGACAUGAAUGACUGCUACAGCCGACUGAAGCGCUUGGUGCCCACCAUCCCGCAGGAUAAGAAAGUCAGCAAAGUGGAAAUCCUCCAGCAUGUCAUAGACUACAUCCUGGACCUGCAGCUGGCCCUGGAGACGCACCCUGCUCUUCAUAUACAACAGCGGCUCGGAACAUGCCCUCCUGCAGCCUCCAAUCCCAACAGGACCCCGCUGACGGUGCUCAAUGUCGACCACCAGAGGACAUCAGUAGUCAAAAAACCAGAAGACUCAGUUUUAUGCCGUUGAGAUGUGGGAACUGCACUGGUCAACACUUUGGACCGCGGCCUGCUUCCUAACUGCUCAUCAGAUCAGGGGAACAGAGAGAAACUGCAGAGGAAGCCAUCUCUGUGCAACAUAGUGACUGUCAAAGCAACCAGCAAAGGAAGCAGCGACAAGCCAGUUAUAGUAGACAUACAAGCAAGUCUAUUUUGUGUCGAUGCAGCAAAAGACUCCUUUUAAACACACUAAAGCUGAUAGAACAAGUUUAAUUAUAUUAUCUGUGAAUCACCUCAGAAGCUGAUUAUUUUUCUUAUUUCAUUCAUUUUACAAUUUACAAAUGGAUUCUGUUUAUGUUAAAGGUAAACUUGAAAAUGGAGAACCUAAAAAUUUUGGUGUAAUGACAAAUUAAUGUGUAACAUUUGGACGGAGGAUGUGGGGGAAAAUGUAUUCACCUUACAGCAGCAUGCAGUGUUAGUUGUUUCAUUUAGGAGUACCACAGGGGUCACUGUUGGACAUCUUUUGAUCAUGUCAGAGAAGAAGGGGAGGGCUUUAGGGCAAGAGGGUGACAUGGGGGGAGGGGGUGCCGAGAGCAAGAAACAGAAACAGUGAAAUGAUUCAUCAAAACAAUUAUGAAGAACCAAUGUGUGAUUUGACAUCCACUGGUACGGUGUGUGGCAUCCUGAAAUAUGCUGUUGAAUUACUAAACGACGGCGACCCCCCCGCUAUGCAGACCCAGCAGCCACUUCCCCCACAUCCACAUCCACCCCAAGAAUAAUUAAACCAGACUCAGGUACCGCUGGGGAACCGGUCAUCCAGUGGGGAAAAAACUUAAAUCUGGCUUUGUUAUUGAUAAUAUACUCAUGUGAUGAAUUUGAUUAUUUAUGCAAUUUGAUGAAACCAGAAAAAAAAAAUACUAUAAAACUCACACAAAAUAAAUUGUAUCUGACUGGAAAAUGCAGUAACACAUGUCUAGAAUACUAAAAAGAAUACAUUUGAUAUUAGGUAGCAAAAAGCAAAUUAAUAAUCGCAACACAUCAUUUAUCAUCAUGUGGUCAAACACUUUUCUGCGUGGUCUACAGAUGUUUGAUGAAAAAUUACAGUUGCUUUCAUCCAUAAAUUAUUUUUUACAGAAAAAUAACAACAUUUUCUGUGAUGUCCCGAUCAGAUUUACGGUUCUAACAGUUAGGAUCAAACUUCACGUAAUGUUGUAAAAAAUAUUAACUGUAAACUCAUAGUCACAAUCUUUAGUUUCUUUAGCUUUAAAACUCAAAUUUUGCACACCUCGUUUUGUUUUUAAAUGUGGAGGUAAGUCCAAUAAUUCAUGUAUAACCUCGAUGAUUGUCGAAACAGAUUUCAAUAAAAACUAAAAAAAAUAUGUUAUCAAUUGUAAACAUGUUAAAGAACUCUACUGUGGAUCUCUUUGCCUUUUUGCAGAUGUGUUUGUGUGUGUCCUGGUUAUGUGUUUGCAAUAUUCAAUUCAAACAUGCCAGACACUAAACUAUACCUUUGCUAUGUCUCCGGUUAACUCUCUAUGUUAAUAUUUAAGUUAGAACAGAAAAACGGAUUAUUUGCUUUGAAGAAGGGAGGAAUCACUGAUUGGAAUUUGUUUCCUCUAACUCAUUUUCUGUUUUUUAGUUGAUCAGCAACACAUUUUAAUUUAAAUCUGAAAAAAAAAAAAAAA